UGUAUGUUUGUAUAAAGCCAUUCACCAAUGCCCUUGAUAAACCAUACUUUACACCAUUGUGUUACACAAGCUUAAUUUGGAAUGCAGUAUAGUAGUGUGUGUGGAAUGUGUUGCAAUUAUCAGUUCUUAGUUUUGAGCCUGAAGACAGACAGUUCAAGCUUUUGUAGAAUAACACAUACCCUGUUGGCAUGUUGAAUUCGAUUUAAGUCCUAGUUAUUGCAGGAGCUAAAGCGGACUCUGCUAUGAACUGCUUUUCAUAUAAUUUUGUUUUCACUUUACAGAGAGAUGCACAUACUGGGGCUUCGUAGGAAUGUCAUCUUCUUGUUAGUCAUGAGUAUCCUGUUGAAUUUCUAUUUUGUAUCAAAAAAUGCCACAAUAAAAGCAGAUGGGAAUUCUAUCAAAGAUACUGACACUCUGCACGACUGCUUUAUUCCAGAAUAUCACUUAGAGGGAGCAGCUCAGGAUGACCCUAGACUUAUAGGCUAUAUUCGCAGAGAACUACUGGAACCACCUUCACCACAUCCGUAUAACAUUUAUCAUCCUGAGAUGGUUCAUUAUUCACAGUACAACCAGUCGGAGUUUGCUAACAAAACUCUUAAUGGAAUGGAAGAUGGAUUUUACAUUGAAGCUGGUGCAUCAGAAGGUGAAUUUUUAAGCAACACCUUAUUCUUUGAGAGAAGACUUGGAUGGAGGGGAUUGCUGAUAGAACCACUGCCAGAAAUUUACAAGUUGCUUCAGAGGAAAAACAGGAAGGCCUAUAUUAUCAAUACUGCUCUUUCAACUACCCCUCAUGCUUCUUAUGUUACUUUUGAGCCUGCAGUUGGCUUGGGAACAAGUAGCCACCUGAGUGACAAAGGCAUCAUUUUAAAGGGCAUUCCCCUGUACUCUAUUCUUCGAGCCUUGAAUGUCGAAGUUGUUGACUUCAUGUCUUUGGAUAUUGAGUCGUUUGAGGUUAAAAUACUAAAGACGAUUCCCUGGGACAAAGUGACCUUUCGGUUAAUGUGUAUCGAAGUUUCUCACAUCCCGGAAGGGAUUGAUUAUUUAACAGAAUAUCUUACGGACAAGGGAUACAAAUUUCUGGGCUUAGGAUCUGCUGAUGCCUGGUAUGGUUGGCCUGAUUUGCUCCCAAGAAACACGUUCCUAGCACCAACAUGAAUAGUUCUAAUCGACAAGAAAAAACAUUAAGUCUGGUACAAGAAGACUUCAUUCAUUUAACUGCACAACAUUGAGAAGGUUAGUACAAGAAAAAUGACUAGAACAUUUCAGAUUAUUCACAGUAAGUAGAGAAAGUGAAAAGUUUACAGAAUUAUAAAUAUUCGGUUCUAUUUUCAUUUUAAGUACAUACAUGUCUAAUUUCAUGUUUUGUCAAGUACAAAAUGCGCUUUUGUCCAAAGUAG